CUGCAUUGCACGUUUGGGUGAGUUUCGGCAAAAUGUACCUGUACAAGGCAGCUUGCAGCGACAUUCACGUCCCUAGGCAGAGAAGAACCCCAGGCCGCUUCUUCCAGAGACAGGGGACAGGAUUGAGCUCACACCACACUGCAGGUUGUCCCCACUGGGAAGGCAGAUCCAACUCUGCUCUGGAGCUGCAGCAGCUGGGGCAUUUCUUGCAGAUCCAUGGGUAUUCUUUACUGGAAUCUGUAGGCGCCAACACCAAAAUGAUCUACAGGAAUCUUGGGAAGUCAGGACUGCGAGUGUCAUGCCUUGGACUCGGCACGUGGGUGACAUUUGGGGGACAGAUUUCAGAUGAGGUGGCAGAGCAGCUGAUGACUAUAGCCUAUGAAAACGGGGUCAACCUCUUUGACACUGCAGAGGUCUAUUCAGCUGGGAAGGCUGAAAUAAUCCUAGGAAACAUUAUCAAGAAAAAGUGUUGGAGGAGAUCCAGUCUGGUCAUCACCACUAAACUGUACUGGGGAGGAAAGGCAGAGACAGAGCGUGGGCUCUCUAGGAAGCACAUUAUUGAAGGUCUGAAGGGUUCUUUACAGAGGUUACAGUUGGAGUAUGUGGACGUGGUUUUUGCCAAUCGUCCCGACAGCAAUACACCAAUGGAGGAGAUAGUGAGAGCCAUGACGCAUGUCAUUAAUAAUGGGAUGUCCAUGUACUGGGGCACGUCACGCUGGUCAGCGAUGGAGAUCAUGGAGGCGUAUUCUGUAGCAAGGCAGUUUAAUCUAAUUCCUCCUGUGUGUGAACAGGCCGAAUAUCAUUUAUUCCAGAGGGAUAAAGUGGAAAUGCAGUUGCCAGAGCUUUACCAUAAGAUUGGUGUUGGAGUGGUUUCCUGGUCUCCUCUAGCCUGUGGCAUCAUCACAGGGAAAUAUGAAAACGGCAUCCCAGAAUCCUCCAGGGCCUCUAUGAAGUCAUACCAGUGGCUGAAGGAGAAGAUUCUGAGUGAGGAUGGCAGAAAGCAGCAGGCCAAGCUUAAGGAAUUGACCCACAUAGCUGAGAGGCUCAGCUGUACCCUGCCACAGCUUGCCAUCG